CUCUGUGAUUGGUUACAGCUCGUUCAAUCACAGGUGGGAGGAAGGCGUUCCAGUGUCCGUGUGAGGCAGCAUCUCAAAAGACUGCUUGGUUGAAUCGGAGUGCACUUCAUGAGCGCGUGGAAACCUGUUCUUAUUAUCAUCUAGGUAGGUCACGAGUGUAGGGAACAAGCAGGGGAUUUGGGACCGAGUCAAGUUUUGAGCGUGUGCCUUUAGGUCCUGGCAGCACCAUCCGGCUAGAGGGUGAGCCGAGGAGGACACUGACUGCUUGUUUUGUCCCUGCCAGCAACACUGGAUGGUUUUUUCCCCCCCACCUCUUUCGCUGGUGAAUUUCAUGGAUGUUUUUCCCUAAACCGGAUGUAUGAUUUGCGCGCUUGGAUACAAUAACUAACGACGCCGUAGUGGAAGCAAAAACACGCACGCACACACACACGCGCGCGCGCGCACACAGAGGAAUCGAUGGGGAAAAUAAGUUGACUGCUGCCUUGGGAGAAAUUGUUGUUUUUGUUCUUCUGCGAACGGGAUUGCGCUGGUUUCUGAUCACCAUCAUGGGGAUUUUGGAUACAUAGUGGCUUUGGCACUCCACAGAUUUUUGGGAUUGUUUCCUUUCCUGAGCGCAAGCAACAAUUUCGGAGUGCCAGCCAUCCUCUCUGCGCUCCAGGAAAUAACAGUACGAAAAGAAACCUCCAUAGCAUAUCGAUGAUCGAGUCGAUAGAGAUACAUCCACGCGCAUAGGAAACGGUUUGGCAUAUAUGGAGGGAAUUUGGUCGAGUUUCCAGCCGUGCGUAAAAUAACUUCUUCCCUCCUGCAAACCCCGCAUGCAGUCCCGGUGGUGGACGCGGCCUCGGUGCAUGGAUCAGCCGACAUGGCGAGCAGUGAGAUCUAAAAGAUGAAUGCAGCAUUUCCCACGCUGACACACAUCCGUCGGUUUCCCCCUUUCACACUGCAGGAGAGGGAAAUAAACCCGAAGGUGGAGCAGAUGCGAGGCCAGGUGCUUCCCACCUCCACCAUGCGGGAGAUCUAAGGCCGCGCACUGGAUCAUCCACCACGGGGGGAGAGGGAGUUUUUCCAUCACAUCAAACAUUAUUUUGUUUUUUAUUUAGUUUAGCUUUCUUUUUGUUGUUGUUGUUGUUGUUGUUGUUGUUCUUCAUUCCUAGUAGGGAUCUUCUGAAUGCUUGGAAUUGCGCCUGUAAGGUAGAGAAAGAGAGAGAGAGAGAGAGAGAGAGGGGGAUCUUCUCAGAAAGAAGUAGGUCAGAUCUUGCAAGAUAAAGCUGGCCAAAAUGGGAGUGACUCUAUCACUCGUGGUGAUAUGACAUCUUGCUUACUUUUCUAAAUUUGCCGCUAUCCAAGUCCACUGGAUCCAUGACCGCUUGACCCCCCACCCCCACUGGCUGCUUCUCCGCUCAUCGUCUUGGCCUGUGAGGUUUCGUCCUCGGAUCUUGUUUUCUUGCGUCCCCCGACACCCCUCUUCCGGCCUCUCCCAGAGUGCGUAUGGCUCUUUGCGGGACCACGGCUGCUAACGCGGCCAAAAUGAUGGCGGCGUACAGCGGAGGCGCUUCGGCGGUGGCGUCGGCAGCCCACCAUCCACAUCACCACCACCAGCUGGCGCACCUGCCCCCUCCGCAUCAGAUCCACCACCAGCACCACCACCACGCCGGGCAACACCAUCUCCAGCAGCAGCAACAGCAGCAUCCCGCUCCAGGUUCGGCCGCCGCCGUCCAUCCUGUUCAGCAGCAACACGCGUCCGCCGCCGUCAUGCUCAACCCGAGCCAGCAGCAGCAGCAGCAACCAUACUUUCCGUCGCCCGCACCCGGACAGGCUCCCGGUCCGGCUGCGGCUGCGGCGCCCGCUCAGGUGCAGGCUGCAGCCAUCAAGGCGCACCAUCACCACCAUCAACACCAUCUACAGCAGCAGCUGGACAUCGAGCCUGAUCGGCCUAUCGGAUACGGGGCGUUCGGCGUGGUCUGGUCUGUGACCGACCCCCGGGACGGUAAACGUGUGGCCCUCAAAAAGAUGCCCAACGUCUUCCAGAACCUCGUCUCCUGUAAGAGGGUCUUCCGCGAGCUGAAAAUGCUCUGCUUCUUCAAGCACGACAACGUCCUGUCAGCUCUGGACAUCCUGCAGCCUCCACACAUUGACUACUUUGAGGAAAUCUAUGUGGUGACGGAGCUGAUGCAGAGCGACCUCCAUAAGAUCAUCGUGUCUCCGCAACCCCUCAGCUCCGACCACGUCAAAGUCUUUCUCUACCAGAUCCUCCGAGGUUUGAAGUAUCUGCACUCCGCCGGCAUUCUGCACAGAGACAUCAAACCUGGCAACCUUCUCGUCAACAGCAACUGUGUGCUCAAGAUCUGUGACUUCGGUCUCGCGCGGGUGGAGGAGCCUGACGAGUCGCGUCACAUGACCCAGGAAGUGGUGACGCAGUACUACCGUGCCCCCGAGAUCCUCAUGGGAAGCCGGCAUUACUCCAACGCCAUCGACAUCUGGUCCGUGGGCUGCAUCUUCGCCGAGCUGCUGGGACGACGGAUCCUCUUCCAGGCCCAGAGCCCCAUCCAGCAGUUGGAUUUGAUCACUGACCUGUUGGGGACACCGUCUCUGGAGGCCAUGAGGACGGCGUGCGAGGGAGCCAGAGCUCAUAUACUGAGAGGACCACAUAAACAGCCCUCACUUCCUGUCCUUUACACCCUGUCCAGUCAGGCAACCCAUGAGGCAGUUCACCUGCUCUGCAGGAUGCUGGUCUUUGACCCGUCAAAGAGGAUCUCGGCUAAAGAUGCCCUGGCUCACCCGUACCUAGAUGAAGGGCGUCUGCGCUACCACACCUGCAUGUGUAAAUGCUGCUACACCACGUCGUCUGGCCGAGUUUACACCAGCGACUUCGAGCCCGUCACCAACCCCAAGUUUGACGAUGGCUUUGAGAAAAAUCUAACAUCAGUGCGGCAGGUCAAAGAGAUCAUUCAUCAGUUCAUCCUGGAGCAGCAGAAGGGGAAUCGGGUACCUUUAUGUAUAAAUCCCCAGUCCGCUGCUUUCAAAAGCUUUAUCAGCUCGACAGUAGCUCAGCCCUCCGAGAUGCCUCCGUCUCCUCUGGUGUGGGAGUAGCUAACGAUUAACGACGAACAUAACGAUGAUGAUGAGGAUGAAGACAUGAAGGCGGCGGUGGCGCCAACCCCACACACACACGAGCACACACCUCUGGACUACUGAUGCCCCUGAAAGAAAGGAAAACCCCUGCGUAGCAUUUCACUGGAGUUAGCCGAGCUCAUAGCCGAGCGGCUGACGUGUGUGUGUUUGUGUGUGUGUGUGUGUGUGUGUGUACUGUAAUACUAACUAAACCUAAAUGAAGUUGUAAAGAAGCAACCACUGCUGAUCGGGUCAAGGAAGUUUGUGAAUAAAUAGAGAGCGAAGGGGCAGGCUAGGCGUGUAACGUACAGUAGAAGUAUUUCCACUACUCUGUAGUCUGUACAGUGGCAUGUGUAACUGUAUGGGUGUGUGUGUGUGUGUGUGUGAGAGAUAGAGAAAGAGAGCAAAGUGUGCAUGUCAUACUUCGACACGUGUCGAAACUCGCAAUCACACGCCAAGGGAUGAAGACGGCCGGCCUCUAUGGACUAGAAUGUGUGUUUGAUGGAAGGAAGGCUGUGGCCAUUCAUCCACUAUGUACGUCAUGCUUUAUUUAUUCACUGAUAGAGGGAACGGGUGCAAUCACUCCAUAUGGCACGGAGGGCAAAAGUGCACUCUCUACCUCUCUCUGUCUUUCUCUCUCUAACUCUUUUUCUCUCUCUCUCUCUCUCUCUCUCUCUCUCUCUCUCUCUUACUCUCACACACACACACACGCCCCUGCCUCCUAGCACUCGUUUUCCAGCUCAUCACUGUUUCAUUAAUUUAUUUAAUACUAGUGAAUUAUUUCAUAGCUUGUUCUUGGUUUUAUUUGGAUUUGAUUUGAUUUUAUAGGUCGCUGUAUUGUGUCAUUUUAUGCUCUUUCUCACAAUCUUUCAGACGCAGCAUAAGAAAUCAGUAUUGCAGUACAUCAGAUUGCGUUACAGUGUAGAGAUACUAACGGCAAAGCCAUGUAGAAGGCUGCCGUACACGGUGGGCGGUGGUUGUUCCCGUCAGCGCUUCAUGCUGAAAUAUAAAGGAGCCGGGCAAGAAGCCGGGCCCAAGCUGCGAUGCGUCGCAGACAAACGGGCCAAAAUAGAGAGCGGCGUUCCUCAAGGUUCAGUGCUGGGGCACAUAUAGAAUUGCAUCCCACAUCCCGGCGGUCACACUAGCAAGCGACAAAUCUCUCAUGUCGCUUGUGGUUUGUUGCUUGUGGGCGUGUAGCGACUGAUAGUGUCGCUUUUUUACUUGUGGUGAGAAACAGUGGUAUAUAUAUAUCUUUUUUUUUUUUUUUUUUCUAAAGGUAUCUAGUUAAACACAAAUGAAUUAACGCACUAAUCCGUGUGAAAUUUGGUCGCUAGGAUCUUCUUUCGUCGGAUUAGUUUAGCAAGCAGGGUACUAGAUACGCAGACUCACCAGAGACUCCAACAAUCCCUUCUGCUUCCUUUCAAGCUUUAUUUUUCUUCAUAAUACAUUCAUUACAAGUCCGUUUUCGCGUCUCAAACAAUAAAUGUGAACUAAUAGCAGGUUAGAACUAAAGUCUCCGUAGGAUUGGUCCGAGGGAUCCUACGUUCGGUCGCUCUGCUGCAUCGUACAGUACCUUUGCGCAGAAUUGAGAAAAUCUCGGCUUCGCGACGCGUACGUACGUAGAAAAUGAGCGAUCGCACGUCGCUUGCUAGUGUGAACGUAGGGCCAAGGUUAACUGCUGAGGUAAAUAAAAAGUAGAAUCCUGCAAAUAAGGAUGCAAAUAAUUUUUUUUUUUUUUUUUUAAAUCAGCAUACCUCAAGGUUAAAUGCUGGGGCAAAUAGAGUUCAUGAAGGAAGGGGAGACCACAAUGCAGUGGGGUAAAAUACAGAAUAAAUGAUUUCAAAAGACCUGCACUGUUUUUUGUUUUGUUUUUUGUUUUGUUUCUUCACGUGAAUAAGCAUGAGUAUGGCUCCUGCAUAUACUCAGCUGCCAUCAUGAAAUAUGACUGAGCACUGUAAUGCCAGUAGUUACGCAACAGCUGAUCUAGAAGGAAUAUAGAUAUCUAAUUAUUUAUGAAGCGUGUAUUGAGGACGGCGAUGAUUUACCAUAAACAUGAUGCGAUCAACAGCCAUUCCAUGCUAACCAUGAAAUACUCCCCCCAAAACAACUUGUUCCUUAAAGACAAGUGCGCGAGUGAACGUGCAUGUAUGAAUCCAAAGCAUGUGUUUCCGCCUGCCUGAAGCGUCGCCCCGGCGAUCGCGAGGGUCAGUGACAUGUCCUCAACCCUGCUAUUGUUUUUUUUUUUUGUUGUUGUUGUUGUUGUUGUUGUUGUUUUUAUUUCUUUUCAUUUCCUCUUUUUUAAAUUUACUUUGUUGUUGUUGUUAUUGUCGUUGUCGAAGAACCCAGGGAAGGAAGGCAUCAUUUCACCUUCAUCUCUUUCACACUGUCCAUAACACAAUCUCUCAGAAAGGAUAAAAAAAAUUUAAAAUUCUCAAAAAUAAACAAUAUUUAAUAUAUUUUUUAGAGGACUAUUUUUUAAUUUCUUCCUUAAAUGUGCUAUGGCAUGCUUUCCUCAUGAUCCACUGAAUAUGGUAUGUAAAUAAGUGAGUAGUUGAUAGAUAAAACAACAGUGAAAAGAAAGAUGUACCGUACUUUAAAAAAAAAAAAAAAGAAAGAAAAAAUGGAGGGGGGAAAAAAAGAAGAAGAAUCAAACACAAAACAGUACUGCUGUAUAGAGGUCGCAUUAGCCUGCACAUUUUUUUAGGGCUGUGAAAUUUGCUUUUAUUUUUGAGACUUGCAUAUAAUUGUACAUAUUAUUUUUUUUUCCCUUUUUUUUUUUUUUGUUGUUGUUUUUUAGGUUUGUUUGGUUUUUUUUCCCCCUGCACUAAAAAAAGUGUAGAUAAAAACAUAAUCCAGAACAGUAUGAUUAUGGAAACAAAUGACACAUAACCAAUUAUGUUAAUUGUCUUGUGUGUACUGCAAAGCUGUGGAUAUGAGUAGUCUAAUGAAGUAGAACCCUUUAUUAUUAUUAUUAUUAUUAUUAUUAUUAUUAUUUGAUUUUUCUUUAAGGAAACACUGAACUGUUUGUGUAUAUGUAUAUAAUGAAUUCACAUUGUUGGUCUCUACCUCUGGAGCUCAGUGACUUGGUUGUUUACCUCCACACGUUUUUAAUUUAAUGUGGAGAUUUAAAAACUUGAAUGUCCCUUCCAACUUUUAUAUUCCUAGAAAACCCUGUGCAAAAAAAAAUUACAAAAAAAAAAAUAAAGAAAGAAAAAUAAUAAUACUUAAAAUAGCAAUUGGUUGGAGGUGGGCCCAUCCUAUCCUUGUACAAAAUUCCAUAUUUCCACAUUUUCCCAACUCAGUGUUUUUCCGACUGUUAGAUCACACCAAUCAUUUUUGUCAUGUGAUACAACCCACGAUGAUUGGUAUUCUUUACUGAAAGAGGUUGCGUUCAAAUUUGAAGUACAAGUACAUGGCAGUGCUAAAAUACUUUGAGCAGGUAUAGCAUGUUGAAGAUAACCAAUGCCAGACUAAAUGGAGCGCGUUUUCAUGAAAGAGACUAACCUGUAACAUGUAUUGGGCCAACUCGAGAGAGAAAAUAUGUUUAAAAAAAAAACAAAAAACCAG